UACGUGGUGAACGCACAUCCCGCUGGGCACCCGGAUAGUGACAGGCGCUGACCGCUGCUGCAACAUGGUGAAAAUUACAGCUAUUAAGACGAAACCGUACACCGACCAAAAACCCGGAACCAGCGGUUUGAGAAAGAGGGUGACUGUAUUCCAGCAGAACCAGCAUUAUGCGGAGAAUUUCAUCCAGAGUAUCAUUUCCACCAUUGACCCUGCUCAGAGGCAGGAGAGCACCCUGGUAGUGGGAGGAGAUGGACGCUUCUUCAUGAAAGACGCUAUUCAGCUGAUCAUCCAGAUUUCUGCAGCUAAUGGGAUUGGCGGUCUGGUCAUUGGUCAGAAUGGGAUUAUGUCAACACCUGCUGUUUCCUGUGUGAUCCGAAAAAUCAAAGCCGUCGGGGGGAUCAUCCUGACAGCCAGUCACAACCCUGGCGGCCCCAAUGGAGACUUUGGCAUCAAGUUCAACAUAUCUAGUGGAGGUCCUGCACCAGAAGGCAUCACAGACAAAAUCUUUCAGAUCAGCAAGAGCCUCCAGGAAUAUCACAUCUGCCCUGAGCUCAAGGUGGACCUCUCAACCAUUGGGAAGCAGACCUUUGAGGUUGACACGUUCAAGCCCUUUACUGUUGAAAUUGUGGACUCGGUGGAAUCCUAUGCAGAGAUGCUGAGAGAUAUCUUUGAUUUUGCUGCUCUGAAAGAAUUGCUCUCAGGACCUAAUCAUAUCAAUGUACGGCUCGAUGCAAUGCAUGGAGUUGUGGGUCCCUAUGUGAAGAAGAUUGUGUGUGAAGAGCUUGGCUCGCCUGCUAACUCUGCUGUUAACUGUGUCCCCUCUGAGGACUUUGGAGGACACCAUCCCGACCCUAACUUAACGUAUGCUGCUGAUCUGGUCAACACUAUGAAGGGAGGUGAAUAUGACUUCGGAGCAGCUUUUGAUGGUGAUGGCGAUCGUAACAUGGUUUUGGGUAAACAUGGAUUCUUUGUAAACCCCUCCGACUCUGUGGCAGUCAUCGGUGCCAACAUUACAUCCAUCCCUUAUUUCCAGAAGACUGGUGUAAAGGGUCUGGCUCGCAGUAUGCCCACCAGCGGGGCUUUGGACAAUGUAGCCAAAGCUUUAAAGAUGCCGCUUUAUGAGACUCCCACAGGCUGGAAAUUCUUUGGAAACUUGAUGGAUGCUGGCAAGUUAUCCCUCUGUGGUGAAGAAAGCUUUGGUACUGGUUCUGAUCACAUCCGGGAGAAGGAUGGUCUGUGGGCAGUUCUCGCGUGGCUGUCGAUCCUGGCCACUCGCAAACAGAGCGUAGAGGAUAUCAUGAAGGACCACUGGCAGAAGUUUGGAAGGAACUUCUUCACAAGGUACGACUAUGAAGAGGUGGACUCGGACGCUGCGAAUAAGAUGAUUGAUCACUUACAGACCACUAUGUCUGAUAAAGCCUUUGUAGGGCAGACGUUCUCCUCGGGGGAUAAAACAUAUCAAGUGGAGAAAGCUGAUAACUUUGAAUACACAGACCCUGUCGAUGGCAGUGUUUCUAAAGGACAGGGUUUGAGGAUCAUCUUCUCUGAUGGCUCACGUAUCAUCUUCCGUCUCAGCGGGACAGGCAGUGCCGGGGCAACCAUCAGACUUUACAUUGACAGCUAUGAAAAAGACCCUCAGAAAAUUUAUCAGGACCCACAGGUCAUGCUGGCUCCUCUGGUGGACAUUGCCUUGAGGAUCUCUCAGCUUCAGGAAAAGACGGGCCGCGCCGCUCCAACUGUGAUCACAUAAUUACUCUAGAGCCCAUAUUCACCUGAUCCAGCCCAGACUAGCCCUCACUGGCAAUGCCUUACUUUAUCAUUAUUGUCAUCGUAUUGUUUGAUACCCCAGUCAUUAUGUGUUCAAUGUGUCUUCAAGAAGGUGUCACAUUUCCAGUGUUCCACAUGCACAAUCAAAGAUGUAUAUCCAUUAUAAAUAGAGAGAGAGAGAGUAUAAAAUAAAGUAGAGUAAAAAAAAAAUGUUCAAGUCGUGCUUCUUUUCAUGCGCUUUGGUUUGUCAUUGGGUCUAAAGCGCUUAACUUUUAUGUCUGCUAGAUCUAUCAUAUAUGGAAUCUAAAAAUGACAGCUAUGUUUUAUUCAUAUGCGCAGUUUGUCUUUCAUUUGAGGCUGAAAGUAGUAACUAUUACGCCGCAGUGUGUUAUUAGUGGAUAAAGAAUCCUAAAUGCAGGAAACCUGCAUUAAAUAUAUCCUGCUUUUAAAUUAACACCACAAAUAGCAUGCGUGUCUUUCAAUGGGAGUUGACACUUAAAAAAGGUCACACAAAAAAAUUACACAGAUUGCACAGAUUGGAUUUUCAUAAAACUUUGCAUACGUUAUAAGACUUUAUGUCAGAGUUUGUUUACAAUGGUCUACCAAACACAAUAUAUGUCACAAAUAUGUAAAUUAAAAUCUGCUGCUUCUUUUUUUUUAAUUAAGGGGUAGUUCACCAAAAAAGUAAAAAUUUUGUCAUGUACUCACCCCAAGUUCUUCUGUUUGAGUGUCUUUAUUUUGUAAGAAGAUUUUUUUAAAGAUUGAUUUUAAUCAUACAGUUGUCGGCAGCCAUUAACUUCCACAGUAUGGGAAAAAUGUUCUGGAAGUCAUUGGCUAACGUCUGGUUUGGUUAUUAACAUUCUUCAAAGUGUCUUUCAUUGUGAUUAAAUGUGAUUAUGAAUAAUUUGCAGGAAACGUUAUGAUAAAACGAAUAAGACU